AUGUCGAGUCUGCGUCCGGGAUCUAAUAACCAUACUGGCCUCAACUUCCCCCAGGCCAGUAUUCGCCGCAACCCAUAUCCUCCUCCUCAUCCGGGCCAGCAGAACAAACAAUCACCCGCGCCUCAUUCCGCGUCUCCAUAUCAGACUCAGGCAUAUCAGCCUCAGCAGCCGCCUACUGGAUACCCUCAGCAUUUGUUUUCGAACCCCACGCAUGUGAACGGGAGUCUUUCUAAUGGCCCCUCCCGCUCUUCAACCUCGCACAUGCCAAAUGCAGUGCCAAACCCGCUCGAUGUGUCUAACCCUCGAGGAGUACCACAGUCACGCUCUCAGAUGAUGUUCCCUACCUUGCAACAGGUCGUGCCCAAUCAGCUCCAUCAUCCUCAGCAGCAACAGCAGAUACACCCACAACAUUUAAGCCAUGCCUCUCAUCCUCUCAACCAGCCUCGGCAAACUCUCCAUCAGCAUCAUGCUCAGCAAUCUCCUCAGCAGCGGCCUCAAUCUCAACAAGCUCAGCCAACACCAAAGCUUGGCCAAGUCCAGGUCAAGCCACAGGCACCGUCACCCCCCCUGCCUCAGCAGUCGAGCCAACAGGCUCAGUCACACCAGCAGUUGCAGCAACAAUUCCAACAACAGCAACAGCAGCAUCACCUGCAACAACAGCAGCAGUUACAGCAGCAGCAGCAGCAGCAGCAUCAGCAACAACUUCAGCAGCAACAGCAACAACAGCAGCAGCAACAGCUGCAGCAACAACAUCAUCAGCAGCAAGUUCACCCACAACAUCAGCAGCAGCAACAGGCUCAAAUACACCCCCAGCAGCAGCAGCUCCGCACCCCCCAACAAGAGCAACAACAGCUCCAGCACGCACAACAGCAUGAACAGCCAAGAGCUCAGUCACAUCAGCAGCCAGCGCCCCGUCAACAAAAGCAGCAGAAGCAGCGUGAUCAACAAAGAGAGCAGCAGAGAGAUCAACAAGCCCAGCAGCAGCAGCAGCAGCAGCAGCAGCAACAACAACAACAGCAGCAACAACAACAACUCCAGCAGCAACAACAACAACAAGCUCAGCAACAACAACAACAACAACAACAACAAGCUCAGCAACAGGCAAAACAGCAAGCCCAGCAGCAGCAACAGCAGCAAGCCCAGCAGCAGCAACAACAGGCCCAGCAGCAGCCAAAGCAACAGCCUCUUCCUAUAGAGCCAAUCCAGCAACCGGCGCAGGCGCAGCCACAACAGCAGAAACCGGAUGCUGCUGGAGAAGAAUCGAUGGAUAUCGACAGUCAUGCCAAUGGUGAAGAGUCUGGAGGUUUGGAUAUGAAACUGCUUGCCGACCCUAAUUAUAUUCCCACGCAGCCAUUGGGCGAGAUGAUGUCUCCGCCCCCAGAGGGUGGGAGUUAUCCAACUCUCGAGGCUGUCCAAAAGGCUGUUCUUCGAUACUGCACUUCUGUCGGUUAUGCUAUCGUCAUUGGCCGUUCGAAAAAGACUGUGCCUGGAUUGAAGAAGGUCCUUUUUGUUUGCGAUCGUGCUGGUAAACCACCAAGCCGUGUCAGUCCUGAGUGCCGAAAACGCAAGACUUCCUCUCGAAAAUGUGAUUGCCCAUUCGGUUUCUUUGCUAUUGAGCAACGAACUCAGUGGACAAUUCGAUAUCGCCCAGACCCUUCUCAUCUUCAGCAUAAUCACGGUCCAAGCGAGAGCCCCUCGCACCACCCGGCUGCCCGCAAGCUCGACAGCAAAAUGGUCGCUGCUGUUAAGCAACUCAAGGAAAAUGGCGCUGGCGUCUCGGAGACGCUGCAGAUACUGCAGACCGAGAACCCGGACUGUCACCUCCUGCCCCGCGAUAUUUACAAUGCUCGCGCGGCUAUUAACCGCAACCCUCAAAAGGUUGCCACAGGUCUUGCCGAGAACAGACCAGCCAUAUACAGCAAACCUCACCAGUCUCCCGAAGACCGCAUACGCGCAGAGUUGAGGCGAGAAAUUGCCAAGGCUCGUGAGGAUAUGCAAAAAAUGGAAGAAGAAAAGGACAAAGAGAUCAGUGAACUAAAAGAAAAACUUGUGGAGAAAGAAGGCAUCAUUAAGAAGUUUGAGGAGUUCAUCGACAUUUGUAACGAGCGGGUUAUGUUUCAACGUCAGCGACUUGCGGGAAGCAACGGCAAUGGGGCAAACCAGCCUCAAGUCUAA